AUGAAUGGGGAACCACACAAGCUUGCAUUGAAGUUGGAGGAUGAAGAGAUGUUUAAGGCAAAGCCAGGCCCACUACCUGCAUAUGCUGCGACACCACUGGGAAAGGCAUUUUUUAAGCUAAACGAGAAUGAGAAAGUAAGAGUCAAGAAAUUGAUUGAAAUAGCAUAUGUUGUUGCCAAAGAAGAGAUGCCAUUCACCAAAUUUGUUGCCAUUGCUAAGCUAGAGAAACGGCAUGGGGUUGAAUUGGGCCAAACAUACCUAAACGAUCAUGCAUGUGCAGAUUUUGUUGACACUAUAGCUGAAAUAUAUGAAGAGGAAUUAAACCAGGUUCGUGUGCUUUUGAUGUUUUGACAUUUAGAUUUAAUGGUUGUAAUUAAGUGAUAUUCCAGUCUCCAGAUCGGGUUAUUGUAUUUGCACCCCCCUGGUCCUUGUGGACUCCAAUUGGGAUAUGGUGAUUCUCUACUUUGAAAGUUUUAAGUCUAAAUAUUUUUAGUUGUACUGUUAUCUGUAUUUUUAGAUGUUGAAAAGAGUACAUUACUACUCAAUCCUUGUUGAUGGCAGCACAGAUGCUAGAAGCAAAGAAAAAGAGGUCAUCUACAUCCUCUAUGUGGAUCCUGACACUGGAAGGCAGAGGCUCCGUUUUCUCUCUCUUCAAAAGGUGGAACAUGCAACUGCCACAGAUGUACUAGCAUUGAUUAAAAAAGCCUUUGAACAUCAUGGAGUAGAUUCACUUAAGGAACACACUGUGGGUUUUGGUGCUGAUGGUGCAGCUGUCAAUCUUGGAGUGAGAGGAGGUGUUUCUGUACUCAUGAAGGAUGGUGAAGGAAUUGAUUGGCUAGUCACAGUACAUUGUGCUAGCCAUCGGCUUGAACUGAGCAUAGCAGAUGCUUUGAAAUCAACAGUGUUCUCAGAUAUCAAUGAAAUGCUUCAGAAUGUUUACUCCUUUUACAAAAGAAGUCCAAAGAAAAUGGUACAGUUGGAAGGAUUAGGAGAGGCCCUGGAGAUGGCAGUUUCGAUGCCUGUGAAGGCAAGUGGAACUCGUUGGCUAGAGCAUAAAAUCCGGGCAAUGAACUGGAUAAGCAAGAAUUAUGGUCUUCUUAUUGCCCCUCUUAACCAUCUUACAGAGGAUGAAUCGUUUACGAGUGCAGACAGGCAAAAAUUUAAGGGAAUGUAUACCAAAUACAGAAAUGCAAAGUACCCUUUGUUUGUUGAGUACUUCAUUGAAAUUCUUGUGCCAGCAGCAGAGUUGGGUCUUAUUUUCCGGCGUGAAAAAAUUGAUGUAGUAGAAGCAGUACGUGCAGUGAAGAAGUUUUUUCGCAUCAUGAACAAGCUAAGUGAGUCCAGUGAAGUUGUCUUUACUACUGGUCGUGUGAGUAAUUUCUUCAGUAAUCUGACCAACCAAGAGGAGCAAUUUAUUUACAAAGAUGUCAACUUGAGUCAUAUCGAACAGGCAAAAAACAGCCUUAAAUCAGCCAAUGAUGACAUCCUCUCUACUAUCAUUGAAUGUUUCAAAGGAAGAUUUGAUGAUAUUACCAAUACCGACAAUCUGUUCAAUGCUCUUGUGAAGAUUUUAGACACUGAAGUCUAUCCAGAACAAGGACUUGAUGAUGUUUAUGGUGAAGAUGAAGUGAAGUUGGUAAUCGACAG